AUGUCAGCUGCACCUCCUCCUAGAAGAAUAGAAAAAGAUGAAAAACAACAUGAAUCCUCUCAAGAAAAAAAUGAUAUAGAGGAUUAUGGUUUAGAAUAUAAUAGAUAUUUAAAAGAAGUUAUCGAUUUGCUAGAAAGUGAUCCAGAAUUUAAAAAAAAAUUAGAAGAUGCUCAUGAAGUCGAUAUUAGAAGCGGACAAAUUGCUAAAGAAUUAGAAUUUGUCGAUCAUAAAGUCAGAAGUAAAUUAGAUGAAGUCAAACGUCAAGAAAUCGAAAGGUUGAGGCAUCUUGCUCAAAAGCAAGUCGAACUCAGCAAUGGAAUCGAUACUGAACAUGUAAAAGUAUCAUCCGAACAUUUGGAUCACCACAAUCCUCACACGUUCGAAAUGGAAGAUUUAAAAAAAUUAAUUGCAAAAGUUUCCUCAGAUUUAAAUGAAGCCGAUGAAAAAAGAAGAAAAGAAUUUAAGGAAUAUGAAAUGCAAAAAGAAUAUGAAAAACAACAAAAAUUACAACAUUUGUCUGGAAGCGAAAGGGAAGCUUUCGAAAAACAAAUCAAAGAAAAUGAAACCAAACACAAACAACACGAACCUUUACACGAACCCGGAAGCAAACAACAAUUGGAAGAAGUUUGGGAAAAGCAAGAUCACAUGGAAAAUCAAGAAUUUGAUCCAAAAGUUUUCUUUCAACUUCACGAUUUGGAUGGUAAUGGACAUUGGGAUCACAACGAAGUGAAAGCAUUGUUUCUUAAAGAAUUAGAUAAAUUAUACGAGGCAGGAGCACCGGAAGAUGACAUGAAAGAAAGAGUUGAAGAAAUGGAAAGAAUGAGAGAACACGUGUUUAGCGAAGCAGACAAAAACAAAGAUGGACUCAUUAGCUACGAUGAAUUUAUCGAAAAAACAAAACAACCUGAAUUUGAAAAAGAUCCCGGUUGGGAAACGUUGGAUCAAAAACCUGUUUACACUCAUGAGGAAUACCUCGAAUUUGAAAGGAGAAGACAGGAAGAAGUGCAAAAAAUGAUUCAACAAGGAUUGAUUCCGCCUCAACCUGUAUUCAAUGGUGAUCCUUAUUACGCACAUCAUCAACAGCAACAGCAUCAGCAGCAAUACGUUCAAUAUCAAACUCAUCAUCAACCCCAGGUUGGUUAUCCUCAUCACCUUCAAGGAGGAGGAGGAGGUUAUGGAACACAGGAACAACUACGUUACGCGGCAAAUUUUCCCAAUCAACCUCAUCAACCCAUUCAACCGAUUCACGGGUUAAAUCAUAAUCCGAAUCAACCUCCUCAUCAGGUUCAUAUGAAUCAAUAUCAACAACAACAACAACAACAACAACCGAACAAUCAACACGGAAAUUUAAAUCAACCUUCUCAAGAUUAUCAUAGCCAGCAACAACAACAACAACAAAAAGUAAAUUCAAACGAAAUGUCACAAGGUCAAAAUAAUGUUCAUCAUCAACAACAACAACAACAACAAGGAGGAGGAGUAGGAGGUUUUCAACAACAACAACAAGGUCAUCAGCAACCUCAUGUACAACAGCCACAACAACAACAACAACAUAAUCAGGCUCCGUUAACAAACGCAAAUCAAAAAUCACAAGAAUACAGUAGCAGUAAUCAACAUUCUUCACACAUUCCCGGAAAUAAUCCACAACAACCGCAUUAUCAACAACAAGGACACGAUCCGAACGAAAUCCGAGUUAAUCAACACCAACAAUUAAAUCUUAAAUAUUCAAAUCUCGAUGGUGACACUCCAUUGCAUUCACAGUCAAACGUUCAAAAAGAAAGUCACGAGGGUAAUUCAAUAGACGAUUCACAAAAACAGAAAAAAAUGACAAAUUAA